AUGCAGACCUUUGUAAAUGUUUUUCUGGGAUUUUUUAUCUUUGAGUCUGUUGGAGCUGCACCAAUCACUGAUACCUUAAUUUAUGAUUCUGAGUUCUAUGACAUACCACUUGGAGAGCUGCCUCACUCGUUUGCCUAUGAUGAAAACAAGCAGUCUGACCAAGAAAAGAGAGAGAUUGGGACAGCACUACCUUCUAUAAUUCAAGAGAGCUAUUCUUCUGCACCAUUGACAGAAGAAUCUGAGGAAGAAGCAUCAACGCCAAAAUUAAUUGAUGGGUCUUCAGCACAUGGCUCUGGGGUUCUUGGACCCCAAACUCAAGAUGGUCUUCCCACUUGCCUUUUGUGUACAUGCCUAGGGACAACAGUCUACUGUGAUGAUCGUGAGCUUGAUGUUGUUCCACCACUGCCUAAGAAAACCACAUAUUUCUAUUCACGCUACAACCGAAUCAGGAAGAUCAGCAGAAAUGACUUUGCUAACUUAAACAAUUUAAAGAGGAUCGAUUUGACUGCAAACUUUAUAUCAGAGAUCCACGAAGAUGCCUUCCGAAGAUUGCCCCGACUUCAGGAGCUGGUGCUCCGUGACAACAGGAUAAGACAACUCCCUGAGUUACCAUCUACCUUAACAUUCAUUGAUGUUAGUAAGAAUAGGCUUGGUCGCAAAGGAAUACGUAAUGAGGCAUUUAAAGAUCUGGAUGAACUGCAGCAUCUUUACAUCACCGACAAUAACUUGGAUCGCAUUCCACUGCCACUCCCUGAAAGCCUCCAAGCUCUUCAUCUUCAGAACAACAACAUUCAAGAGAUGCACGAAGAUACUUUCUGCAAAAUGAGAGAUUUUACUUAUGUACGUAGGGCUCUUGAAGACAUCAGACUGGAUGGUAAUCCCAUCAAUCUAAGCAAAACACCUUAUGCAUACAUGUGUCUACCCCGUUUACCAGUUGGUAACCUCAUCUAAGCUUUGACAACAGCC